UCGAACGGGAGAGUCGAUCGCGUAACUUAUUGGACGAGAAAAGCAUGAUAAAAAGCGGUACAGUGUCGUAACAACCUGUUUGUGGAACCUAGUAUUAUAUCUGUGGUGGAACUUAAGUUUAUAAGUUAAAACAACCCCAUGAGCCAUGGCCCCGCUGUCGCUGAAGAUAGUCCUGGACGAGGGCGCGGUGACCCGCACGCUCAAGUUCGAGUCGUCCACCACCGUCGCCGCCGCCCAGGCGCAGGUCAAGGAGAAGAUACUCACGGGGGACGAUGGGAAAGUGUACGGGCUGUUCUUGACAUCAGCUGACGACGAGCGCUCAGGAGUGUGGCUGGAGGGCCACCGGCAACUGGACUACUACAUGCUGCGCGACGGGGACCAGCUACACUACCUGUGCCGCAUGAGGAACCUGCGCGUCAGGCUGUUAGACGGAUCCGUGAGGACGUUACAAGUGGACGAGUCGAAGACAGUCGAGGAGCUGAUGGUGGACAUCUGCGCCAGGCUCGGCAUCACAAACCACGACGAGUACGGCUUGUGUCACGACCGUGAAACAGAGCAGGAUGAGAACAAACUGCCAGCUGGCACCGGGACGCUGACACUCAAGCGCGUUACCCAGAAGAAAGAAAGGGAUGCCAAGCUCGAACAGCUGAGCAAGAAGAUCAAGACUGAUGAUAACGUGGAGUGGCUGGAACAAAAGUCCACCCUUCGCGAGUUGGGCGCGGGAGACGCGCCGUUGUUGCUAAAACGCCGUCUGUUCUACUCCGACCGAAAUGUGGAUGCAAGAGACCCUGUACAGUUGAACCUGCUGUACGUGCAAGCUAGAGAUGCUAUCCUGGAGGGCAGACAUCCAGUCACAGAGGACCAGGCGGUGGAGUUUGCGGGCAUUCAGUGCCAGGUGCAUUACGGCGACUUCCAGGAAGACAAGCAUAAGCCUGGGCUGAUCGAAAAUCUAAACGAGUACCUCCCUGAGCAGUACUCGGGCUCCUGGGGCGCCGAGAAGAAGAUCCUGAAGGAAUACCGCAAGCACAGCGGCCUCAGCCCCAUAGAGGCCAAGUAUCUCUACACCAAGACCGCCAGGGACCUGCCCACUUAUGGCGUCACAUUCUUCUUGGUCAAGGAAAAACAGAAAGGCAAGAAGAAGCUGGUCCCCCGCUUGCUUGGCAUCAACGCGGAGUCGAUCCUGCGCCUCGACGAGGUCACGAAAGAGAUCCUGCAGGUCUGGCCGCUGACGCAGGUCAAGACCUACCACGCCGGGAAAUCAGAGACCUUCACCCUGAAUUUUGGAGACUACAGCGACAAGGAGUACAGCGUAAAGACGAACGACGCGCACCGGAUCCGAGACAUCCUGCAAGGCUACAUCGACCUCAUCCGCCGCCGCAUGGAGGCCAAGUGGCAGGCUGAGAGCGCCGUCCACCACGCUGUAGGCGAGGAAUACGUCGAGGCUGGCAGGGGUCACCUGAUGGAGCACAUUCAGCACAACUCCAAGGCUUUAGUGGAGGAGACGUUCGUUGGGCCGAGCAAAAUCAUCUCUUAUGAACCAGGCCAGGUAAUCACUCAAGGGACUCAAAUAAUGACGGUGCAGCAGGUAGUGGUCACAGAUAAAGGGAGCAAUCGUCAAAAUAUUGUGGUCGGCCAAGUUCCAAUGCGGCGAGACAUGUCACUGGACUUCGUCAGAAAACUUAAUAAACUCAACUCUAACUCCGUCAAAAUCGUCUCUUUCUUAGCUGAGCCAAGCGAAAGCAACAUCGAAGAAGCGAGAAAACUAGUGAAAACUAUGGAAGCUGACAUGCCCAGCAUUAUUGAUGGAGUUCACGAGUCUGCUAAGAAGCAGCCUACCGAAGAGGCGCGAAAGAAGCUUCUGGACGAACUGCAAGAGCUGUGCGACUGCAUGAAGGCGCUCUCAGAGGCUACCUCAGCCGAUCUUAAUUCAGAAAAAGCUGAAGAUGCUGCCAUGAGGAUAGCAGACUUGUCCACACAGAUGUACUUCUCUUUGGACCCUCGCACGCUCAAGAGAGGCGAGCUAUGUCGGCGCUCGCGCAAUAGCUUCAUACAAGACGACAAGAUGGACGCCACGCUGCGAAGGGCUUCGUUCAUCGCGGCCGCUCAAAUCGCUUGCGGGACUAUCGACCACGCUAGGGCGGCGCUUGAACAGAAUUACGAAGGACCAAUACUAGACGCGUCGGCCGUGGAGGAGCUUGAGAAAGCUGCCGAAGCUAAGAUGGGGAAGCUCAAUGCGGCUGUAGCAUUAUACCUCACUGCUUAUGCAGAUCCGAAAAACGUAGAUUAUUCAGCAGCAGUCACUUCCAUGAACACCAUCAACGAACUGUUGCCGGAGUUGACCAAAGACGCCAUGAUGCUGAGUGGAGUGAAAGAUGGCAAUUCAAGGCAAGACUUGUUGGACGAGAUCAAAGCGCUGUGCGAUGCUGCCAAGAGGGUUUGCCUCAUCACGGACCCUGACGACCACGAGAAAAUCCAAGAAGCAGCGUACGAAUACGGCCGCGUAUCAGAGAAGCUGAUGUUCACCUUCAGACGCAAAUCGCCACAAAGGACAAGCGAGCUCGUGGACUUGGCCAAAGAUAUCGGCCGCAAGACAUCGUUCCUGGUGGCAGGCGCGCGGGAUCUAGCAGCGAUGGUUUCUAGCGAGCCGGCCGCGGCUGGCGUGGACGAGGCUGGCACUCGAUGCGCUGAUGCGGCCAAGGAUCUGCUGGCUUGUGCUACGGGUCGUCGGGAUCUCAAAAUGCUGGCGGCUAGCGAGCCUACAGCAGCUGGCUGGUGCUACGGUAAGGCGACCUAG